AUGGAUUGUGAGAAUGAUUGUUCACGGAACAUCAAUGUAACUGAACUUCCAACAAUAACACCGUGGAAUCAUUCUUCAGCAAAUGCUCCUCCUCGUGAUCAAGAAUCAUCACAUCCAAUCUUUUCGAAUAGAGGCAUGGAUAACAGCAAAAUUUCCUCCGGCGGCUGUGGCAGAUUUAAUGGAGACCUUUAUUGUUCUUCAAUAAAUCCUCUUCCCAUUCAUGAAUCAGAUCCAAGUUUCCCAAACAGAGGCACGAACAACAUGGAUGGAUUCAAUGGAGCAAGUUAUGACCUUCAUUCUUUUUCUGCAAAUGCUCCUCUUCCUCGUCAAGAAUCAGAUCCAAUUUUCCCAACGGGAGGCAUGAUGAACAGCAACAUGUGUGGCGGCGGCGGAUUCAACAGAGCAAGUGACCUUCUCUUGGUGGUGUCAAUGUACGCAGAGCCAACAAAGUCAGAAAUCAUAGCCCUUGCUGAGUCCGCGAUGGAUGAAUUGUCGAAAAUAGCCAUGGAAGGGCAGCCUUUGUGGGUGCCGCAGAAGGACAAGAAGUUCGAAACGCUUAACGAUAUCGAGUACUUGAGGCAGUUCGGUGAGGUUCAAGAAAUUGAAUCGAUGAAGGAGAUUAUGAAGCUUGUUGAGGUUGGACAAGAAGAGUCUUCUUCUUCCCAGUACUUGUUGCCAACCGUUGACUCGUUUGGAAGGGAGCUUGUUCCGUUAUCUCUCAGUGGAGUUCCCAAGGAAGCUCUUCAAACUGAAGCUUCACGUGAUAUGGGGUACCUCGAUAUCAGUUCCACCAAACUUCUUCACUUGCUUAUGGACGUGAAUCAAUGGUCCAAAGCAUUCGACAAUAUUGUCACCAGGGCAGCGGUGCUAGGAACCUUAUCAAAUGGAGCGGAAGAAAGUUAUGAUGGAAAAGUGCAAGUGAUGUUCGCAGAAUAUCAUUUGCCUACACCAUUUGUGCCAUCAAGGGAGUGCUAUUUUGCAAGGUACUGCAAGCAGUUACCUUAUGAAAUGUGGGGUGUUGUUGAUGUGUCCCUUGAGAAGCAUUUUCCAUCUCUAGCAACCAAUUUCAGAAGAAGACCAUCAGGCUGCUUGAUUAGGCCAAUGCCAGAUGGAUUCUCUAAGGUUAUAUGGGUGGAGCAUGUGGAAGCAGACCAUAGCCAACUGAGCAACCAUUUCCGGCCACUAGUAACAACGGGUUUGGGUUUUGGUGCAACUCGUUGGAUUAAUUCUAUAAUUAAGCACACUGAAUCAUCUAAAAUUAUGGAGGCUAAAUCAGCUCCAAUUUAUGUGGAUUAUGGAGUUAUAAUACCACAAGCUGGAAGGACAAGUUUCCUUAACCUGGCAGACAGACUUGUGAGAACCUUUUGUGGUGAUAUCAAUGCUUCAAUGACGAAUCAAUGGAUGCCAUUAAUAUCUUCAGAAUCUGAUUCUUCAGAUGUGAGGGUGAUGAUCAGGAAUAACAUUGAGGAUCCUGGGAAACCUAUUGCUACAACUGUGGUGUUUAGCACUUGUCUUUGGCUUAAAGUCUCACCAUCACGGUUGUUCAAUUUCUUGCGUCACGAGGAUUCAAGAAACAAGUGGGAUAUACUUUCACGUAAUCUUACAAUUCGGGAAUUUGCAUAUAUGAACAAAGGCACAAAUCCAGGGAAUCGUGUUUCUUUAAUGCGAGCAAUGAAAUCUGAAGACAAGAUUGAGAUCUUUUACAUUCAAGAGAGCUACAUAGACACAACAGGGUCCUAUAUUGUUUAUGCUCCACUAGACGAAUUUGCUUUGUCAUCUCUUGCAAAUGGAGCAAACCCUAACAAGGUAAUGGUCCUUCCAUCAGGAUUUUCUAUCCUUCCUUGUGGGUUCCCUAGUGAUUAUAUUGAUGAAAAGGGUGAAGGUGGAAGCAUUUUAACUAUUGCGUUUCAUACAAUUGAGAGUCACAACAUUAAACAAUUUUUUUCUCUUGAAUCAGUUAUUGUCAUGAAAAAUAUUAUUUCAGACACUGUCACCAGUAUAAAAGAUGCCGUGUUGUAUAAUAAUUACACUAACAAUUGGCAGUAUAAUUGA